AUGAAAGGCAACGUGAUGAUCACUCUGCUGAUAUCCAUCCCGUUUUCUAUUGUCUUUAUUGGCGCACUGGUCCUCUUCUGGUAUCGACACCAUAUUACCAACAAUGUAACUCGCCAUCGAGUCCGCCUGCAGUUAUUCCGUCACAUAUCCCGUGAGCGCCUUCAAAAUCAAGAUGUCGAGCGAGGAGGCCUUUACUAUGGUCCACCCAUGCCAAGAUACACAUCACACGGAUGGAUGCGGCCCUCGCGCAGACAUUACGGUGAACCUGUGGAGCUGGAGUAUCUGAACAGACACCGUACCUGCAGGGAUCCGAGUCGUCAUCGUGCGCAAGACUGCAGACGUGCUGGCGCUCCACACUCUUCGUCAAGUGCCGAGCAGGGUCGAGGCAAACCGGUAAAGACUGGUCAAAAGAAAGGCAAACCGGUAAAGACUGGUCAAAAGAAAGGCAAAGCGAGCCAAGAUAACAACAAGCAGAACAACAAAAAUGAAGGCCGUGAGCCUCCACGAAACAGGAAGAAAAAGAAGAAGAAUCAGAAGGCCGACAAUGACGAUGGCAACAAAGACAAAGAUACAAACAAUGAAAACACUCAAAAUUCAUCCCAGCAGGAACAGCAAGAACAAACGAAGAAAAAUAACAACAAUCGCCGCCAAAAUCAGACUCGCGAUGAACCGUCCAAGAAGAAGCAAAAGGACCAAGGAGCAGAAACGAGCUGGGGCAACCAAAGUCAGAACAAUGACGACCAGGACCAGCCUCAGAAUGCCAAUCAGCAACAGGAUCAAGCUGAUAUCAAGGAGAGUCGGCGGCAAAAUCGAGGUCAGAAUAAAUCGACUCGGCAGAAUUGCGAGAAAAGAGCAUCAGAAGAGGGCUGGGGGAACCAUAGCCAGAACGAUGACAACCAUGGUCAAUCUCACAAUGAGAAUGGGGGUUGGGGCGCAGAUGAGAAUGAAGAUUGGAAAGGUCAAAACAAUCACGACCAGGAUCAAUCUCAGAAUGAUAAUUGGGGCACCGCGGACAACCAGCAGCCUGAAAAAGCCCCGGAGAAGGAAGAUUGGGAUGGCAAUGGAUCUGAACAAGGCAGCUGGGGCCAGCAGGCUGAAAGAAAUGAGGCGAUGGACAACGCUAAAAACAAUGAUGGUUGGUGA